ACACACCUCCCCUCUCCAGAUGCUGCUCACACGCGUACACACGCGCGCACACACCUGCCUAGGGCAAACCUUCCCUUCCAGGUUCUCUCCUACACUCUGGCAUACUCGAGCACAACCUUUCCCCCCUCCCCCUAGCGCACACGCACGCACUCACACUCACACACGCACACCCCUCUCUCCCACGAUCUUGAGGCUCCCCAGGAUCUACGCCGCCCGCCAGAGACGCGGCUCCAAGCCUGGGGCUCUCAGGUCCCCUCCUUUCCCUGCCUCCCUCCCUCGAGUCAGUUUCCUCCCCACCCCGGCCCCGGUCUAUUUCCCUGCCCUGGAUCGGGGCCCCAGAGGGGCGGGGGCGGGAGGCCGGGAGGAGCCAGGACCCCAGGCCAGUGGCAGGGGCGGCAGUGCCGGGCGCUAAGACCCGGCGGGUCGGGGGCGGAGCGUCCCUGGCUGGGUCCCUCCCCCGCCGCCCGCCUGCUCAGGCUCCAUUGUCUGCUCGGCUUGGAGCAGUGGCGGCCCCGGGGCUGCGGGGCCAGGUGGGUAGCGCAGGCAUCGCGGUCGGGGCAUGCCUGGCGACCGGAGCGGCGCCCCUUGAAGCUUGUGCCGGGAGCAUGGGCGCCGGCAGCCCCCGAAACGCUCCUCCGCGGGGCCUCGGGCGUCCCGGGCUCGGCUGCAUCUGGGUAGCCCUGCUCGCUCUGAAGAUUGUGCGAGGGAGUGGGGACACUGAACCCCCUGACCCUAUCUACCUGCCAGCCACACUGGAACUCUUAGAUGUCCCAGAGUAUUUCCGCCUACAGCAGAUUGGCCGCUAUCCUCCUGCCAACUCCUCCCUGGGCUCCCGUUCUGAGACCUUCCUGCUCCUCCAGCCACGACCCAGAGCUCAGCCCCUCCUCCGGGCAUCCUACCCACCCUUCACUGCUCAGCAGGCUGUGCCAGCCCGGGCCACGGAGCCCAGUGGCCUGCUUGCCACCUGGGAUGUUCGGGCUGUGUCAGUGGAGACCGUGCUCACACCUGUGGAGCCCCAUGCCCGGGUGCUUUUCUACCUCAGAGGGCAAGACUGGCAGCCCGGCUCCCGAAAUCUGCCCUGUGCCCGGCUCCAUGCCAUCCACCCUCUGGGCACUGUACACCAGGCGUGUCGCUUCCAACCAUCCCUAGGAGCCUGCGUGGUAGAGAUAGAAGUCCCGCGGCACUGGUUCUCGAGCGUUGCCCCCACCAAGGCUGAACUGGCCUAUACCUUGGAGCCAGCAGUAGCGGACCCCGGGCAAUGUGCCCCCGCCGGGGAGGGGGUUGCCCCAGAUCGACCCCUCCCCGUGGGGUGGGUGGAGAUCCAGCAGGCCGAUCCCCCUCGCCUGCAAGAGGUGCCUUUGGACGAUGCUGUCCGCCUCCGAGUGUCCGAUGCUGCCGUGAGGCCUGGGCAGCCCUUCAACGCUACCAUCCUACUGAGGCAUAACUUUACUGAUAACUCCCUGACGCUCUGGAUCAAGGUCAAGAAGGGGCUCCACGUCACAGCCGCCCGGCCCGCUCACCCUUCCCUCUGGACGGCCAAACUGGAAAAGUUAAAAGGCUCCAAGCAUCACACGGUGCUCAUCACCUGCCAGGUCACCGGGCCUAAGUGGUCAGACACCAGCCCACCUGGAUUCUCAGAGUUCCUGUGGGUGGACUUUGCUGUGGAGAACGGCACAGGAGCCACAUUGUCCACCCGUCCUGUCACGUGGCAGCUGGAAUACCCAAGCCAGGUCGCCGAGGCCAAGAAGGAUAAGAUGGUGUGGGAGAUCCUGGUGUCCGAGCGGGAUGUCCGGGCCCUUGUCCCCAUGGCAAAGACCGAGGAGCUAGUGAACACCGCCCCCCUUACUGGCAUUCCCCGGAGGGUCCCCCUACGCCUGGUCACCGUGGAGGUGGGUGGAGCUGUGGUGGAGGUCACCGAGCAGGUGGGCUGUGAGUCGGCCAAUACUCAAGUCCUGCAGGUGUCAGAAGCCUGCAGUGAGGUGUUUGUGGAAGGCAAGGAGAGCCAGGGGGCCCGGGGGGUUCAGAUAGACUUCUGGUGGCGCCGGCUCCGGGCCUCACUCCGGGUCACUGUGUGGGCCCCGCUGUUGCCACUGAGAAUCGAGAUGACAGACACCACCCUGGAGCAAGUCCGAGGCUGGAGGGUCCCUGGGCCGGCCAAUGGUGCCCCCACCGAGCCUGAGGAAGGAGGCGAGGAGGCCGACCGGCGGGCCCGGAGCUGCCGGCUGCAAUACCAGCGUGCUGGUGUCCGGUUCCUCGUUCCUUUCGUUGCCCAUCCUCAGGACGGAGGCCGCCAUCUUACUUAUCUCCUGGGCCCUGACUGGCUGCUGGACGUGUCUCACCUCGUGGGACCCCAUGCCCGUGUCCAAGACCCUCGAGUGGCUACUCUGGAGGGUGGCAGAACACUGGUUGGACGGGAGCCAGGGGUUACUUCCUUGGAGGUCCGCUCACCACUAUCUGACUCCAUCCUUGGAGAACAGACUCUGUCUGUGACAGACGAAAAGGUCUCUGUGCUGGAGCUUCGGGCACAGCCGGUGAUGAGUAUCUCGCUGGCGCUGAGCCGGGGCACCGCCCACCCUGGAGAGAUCACCGCAACAUGUUGGGCACACACAGCUCCACCCAGCUUGAAACAGGAGGUGGCCUUCUCCCUGUGGUUGGCCUUCUCGGACCACACCCUGGCUCCAGCAGAGCUGUUUGAGCCCAAGGACUUGGCCCUGUCCGUUUCCACUGAGGAGCCAGGAGCCUUCUCCUCGACAGCCCCCAGCAAGGAGCGAGGGGACUUCUUUGGGGGGCUGGUGAGUGGAGGGGCUGACGAGGGUAUGCCCCUGCAGGUGGGUCUGCACUCCCCAGAGUCCUGCCGCCGGGGCAAACACCGGCCCCCGCUGGCCUCGGCCACAGCCUGGCUGGGGGUACCCCCGGCGCCCCCUCGGCAGCACGAACAGGCUCCCCCAAUUGCCUCUGCUCCCCCGGUCACUGAGAGCACUGGGGGAGCGGGGAGGCAUCGGGGCGCAGGGGGAGAGGGGGGACUGAGGAGCAAGUUUGAGCGUCCUGAGGACCUAGGGGAAGAGCGGGAGGAGGAGGGGGAGGAGGAGCAGGAGGAGGAGGGGGAGGAGAUGGUGAGGGCCCCUCAGAGGGUGACGGACCUGGAGCUGGGCCUCUACGCCCUGCUCAGCAUCUUCUGCCUGGCCAUCCUCAUCUUCCUUGUCAACGGCGUGGUCUUUGUGCUGCGGUACCAGCGCAAGGAGCCCCCUGAUGCCCCAGCCUCUGGGGGCCCCACUUCCCCCCAGCCCCACAACUGGGUCUGGCUGGGGACGGAUCAGGAGGAGCUGAGCCGGCAGCUGGAUCGGCGACCGCCUCGGGAGGAGAGGCCCCCAAGCCCGGCCCCUCCCACCUCGGGGGAGGGGGGCUGCCACUGUGAAGGGGGGGGAGGAGGAGGAAGCAGCCCGGACCCUACCCCACCCCUGGGGGCAACCCUGCCACGGAAGGAGCCAGGGGGCCGAAGGAAGCGGGUGGAGUUUGUGACCUUUGCGGCGGCGCCCCCAGCCCGGCCCCCCGAGGAGCCCCCGGCCCCCGCGGUGCAGUCUAUUCUGGUGGCUGGGGAGGAUGACAUCCGCUGGGUGUGCGAGGACAUGGGGCUAAGGGACCCUGAUGAGCUGAGAAGCUACAUGGAGAGGAUCCGGGGCAGCUCCUGACGUCCAGCCCCUCCCCCUUCGCCUAGGGACGUUGGGCCCCAAGUCCUGGGGGUUGGGGUCAGAGAAGGCCCUUCCCCAGCGUCAGAUGUUUCUCUUGUGGUAUGAUCUAAGUCCUCCCGUCUCCCUGCCUGCCACCCCCACCCCCGCAAGGUCCCAGCCCCCCACUCCUUCCUGUUCCCCCAAUCGCCCCCCCUCAUUGCCAUGGGGUGAGGAAGGGCUGGGGUCCGUUAUUUAUGACAAAUGUUUUAUUCUUACGUUGGGUACAAAAUAAAAUGGAAAGGGAAUCGGAGCCCUGAGGUGGCAA